CAACCCUCCUAACCCUUUGCAACUCUUCUCUUUUCCAGGUAUCUGGGCAUCACUCGACCACUGACAUACCCCGUGAGACAAAAUGGGAAGCUGAUGGCCAAGAUGGUCUUCAUCGUUUGGCUCCUGUCUGCCUCCAUCACCCUUCCUCCUCUUUUUGGCUGGGCUAAGAAUGUCACCGUAGAAAGAGUCUGUCUCAUCAGCCAGGACUUUGGGUACACGGUCUACUCCACGGGCGUUGCCUUCUACAUCCCCAUGGCGGUCAUGCUCGUCAUGUACAGCCAGAUCUACAAAGCUGCCAAGGUCAGUGCUGAGAAACACCGCUUCAUGAACUUCCCCAAGCACUAUGAAGAAGAAGGUGUCUACUGCCUGGAGUCUUCCAGCCGCAGCCACCACAGCUCCAAGCGCACCAAAGCAGUGGAGGAAUGUGCCACUCUCUCCAAACUGCUCCGUCAAGACCGAAAGAAUAUUUCCAUCUUCAAACGGGAGCAGAAAGCAGCCAGGACCCUCGGCAUUAUUGUGGGGGCAUUCACAUUUUGCUGGCUUCCAUUCUUCUUGAUGUCAACAGCUCGGCCUUUCAUCUGUGGCAUCCGCUGCAGCUGCAUGCCCCUGAGGCUGGAGAGGACUCUGCUCUGGCUGGGAUACACCAACUCCCUCAUCAACCCCUUGAUUUAUGCUUUCUUUAACCGAGACUUGAGGACUACUUUCUGGAACCUCCUGAGGUGCAGGUACAGGAACAUCAACAGAAGGCUGUCCGCUGCCAGCAUGCACGAGGCCCUGAAAGCCACAGAGAGGCAUGAAUGCAUCCUGUAGAGCCGUGUCCUCUUUCUCAGU